GCCGCUCACCCCACCCUCCAAAAUGAAGUUUGAUUGUUGCUCGAUUUGAGAGAAGAGACAUAUUUUUAUUUUAAAAAAAUGAGCCGAAAUCAUCCCAGAGAAUCUCCUUCCCAAAAUUCUGCAACUUCAUAUUCUGGUUCAUCUACAUCAUACUCUAAUGCUACCACCUACUCAACUUCAAGGUCACAACCAAAGUGGAACCGCAAAGCUACACAACAAAGGGUAGCAUUGGAUUUGGAGGAAGAUGAUACAGAACAAACUCAUUUUACAUCUAUUCUUGGAACUUGCCCAUUUAUGUGCCCAGAAAAGGAAAGAAGCCAUCGUGAGCGGCUUCGUGAUCUAGCUAUACUUGAGAGGCUAGAUGGAAAUCGUGGGAAAUCGUCUUCAAGCCUUGCUGUGAAGAAAUUUUGCAGAACUAUAUCAAUGAAGGAAAUUCAAGCGUCAGAUUUACGCCCUCUUGCGGUUCUGGAGGACACAUUAAAUUACCUCAUGAAGUUGUUGGAUUCACCAGAUCAUUCUUUUCUUGUUCUUCAUGAUUUCAUCUUUGAUAGGACAAGGUCCAUCAGGCAAGAUCUCAGCAUGCAGAAUAUCAACGAUGGUCAAGUUAUCUGCAUGUAUGAGAAAAUAGUUAAGUUUCAUGUCACCUCUCACCACAAGCUCAGAAGAUGUGAAGGUGACAUCACUACUUUAUCUUCAAUCCAUCAUCUAAAUCUGGAGCAACUCACGAAGUGUCUUGCAUCUCUCUAUAGCCUAUAUGACAUGAACCGAACUUCAGAUUCUUUUUUUGACAAUGAGGCUGAAUUUCGAUCUCUAUAUGUCCUCCUCCAUCUUGAUUCUCACAGCCAUUCAGCGGGUGAGUCUCUAUCUUUGUGGUUUUCUCACCUAUCUUCAUUCAUUAUCAGCUCCAAGGAGAUGUCCUUUGCCCGAAGAGUGUUAAGGUUUUAUCGUAUUGGCAAUUUUUGGCGUUUCUUCCACACAGUAGCGUCAGAAGCAACUAACCUGCAAAUCUGCAUCAUAGAACCUUACAUUAUUGAGGUCCGGGCACAUGCUGUAGCAUGUAUAAAUUCCAGUGGGUACAAGCUUCACCCUUAUCCACUAACAUCACUUUCAAAGAUCUUGAUGAUGAAGGAGUCAGAUCUGGAAACCUUCUGCAACGCUUGUGGUCUGGAGACCUCCGAAGAUGAUAUGGGGAAUAAGGUGUUACCCACCAAGCAAACUGGUUUUUCCCAUCCAAAGGGAGGAUUUCAGUGCUAUAGUUUCGUAUGGUUCGAGCUGUUGGAGAAGGAUGCUAAUGUUUAGUUUGGACUUUGGAAAGUAAGUGAUACCAUAGAAGUAUAUAAGCCUCAGGUUGAUCGGGGGAUGAUCUUAUAUCCAAUGUUGUACACAGUAUCGUUUUGAUUUCUCUGCGUCGGCACAGGAUUAUUAGAGUCUACUUACAUGGAUGCUUUUGAGUAUUGAUCCCCUUCUCGUUAAGCACCAACAUAAUGUGAUACCAACAUUUUUGUGCAUGUGUACUCCCAGCACCUAUCGUAUAGUUUGUGCACUUCGCGUUGAGCAACUCUUGCGCGAAACAGUUAUGUGGUAUACAGGGGCGACUUACAGAGAAUUAUUAGUUGGGUUUGAACGAUGCGUUGAGUUGUUAUAUAGACAAUAGUUAUGGCUUUAUAGCCUUGCUGGUGGAUCGCAAAUUGAAAAUAAACUCACCUCUCCCCGUGGUUAGAUCCUUUAUGUUCGAUGUUUCCAUUUUAUAUUCUCAUUUAUUGUAUUUUGUUUCGAGAAAACUAUAAGAUUACAUUGGAUUAAAGGUUGAAUCAUUGAUAUUCAACGCUAAUGACCACGUCUCUUUGUUUCUAUAUA